CCUAAUGAAUCUGUAUCGAGGAUAAGAUAAUAUCUACUCAAAAACUAAAACAAGAGUCGAAGAGGAACAAUAUAAUGGAGCCUUACCAAAACCAGUCCGGAGCGCAGCAGACUCACCCACAACUUGACCAGUACGGAAACCCAGUAGUCACAACAGGCACCGGGGCAUAUGGAGGAGCUCCGGUCAUGGCUGGUCAUCACAAAGAAGGUGGUGGUGGUUUGAGUGGAAUGCUUCACCGCUCUGGAAGUAGCUCUAGCUCUAGCUCCAGCUCGGAGGACGAUGGACUAGGUGGAAGGAGGAAGAAGAAGGGAAUCACGGCGAAGAUUAAAGAGAAGCUGCCAGGUCAUCAGGGAACCCACCAGACUUCUUCAGCGACUAGCACUACACCCGUUUAUGAUGCCACCGGCACUGGCGCCGUUCACCACGAGAAGAAAGGCAUCAUGGAGAAGAUCAAAGAGAAGCUUCCCGGUCAUCAUUAGAUUCGUUUUAAUAUCAAACUUUCUUGCAUGUACUAAAGUGUCGUGUAUCGUGUAAUAAUAUAACGACGUAGCUUUUUCAGUCUAUAUAUAGACAUAUGACGUGGCUUUGUAAGGCGUGUCUGUGUUACGCGUAUGGUGGUUGCCUGUGAUUUAAUGCAACCGACAGGGUUAAGUUUCACGGAA